UCUUCAAAACCCCCUCUCUUCCCUCAUUUCUAACCCUUUUCCACCGCGGCUCUCCCUCACUUCAGAUUAGCAGACUUCGGAGUUCAGUUUGGAGUUCAGACAGUUCGCGACUUCGCGUCUUUAGUCUUCGCGAUUCUAGAGCUCCGAGCCUCGGACCGCGAGUCCGUCAUUCCUCCGUCGUUUGCCUCCCCAUUCCCCAAUCGACUUCUCGCCUCUCGGCAUUUCCUUCGACUUCGAGGUUCAAGGUUACAAACAUGCCAUGGGUGGAGAGAGUACCUCUUAUUUUUACUCCAGAGUCUGAUCUGAUGGUCUAAGCCUGACAUAUCCGUCCAUUAAUGUGUUAUCAGAUAGGGGAUUUGCCUAUCGCUUCAGCCUGAGUAUUUUGCUUGAUGGGGUAUCUCAGGGUGAUUAGUGACAAAGUUUGAUCCAUAUAAUGCAUGGAAGACAGUUGGUAUUGGUGUUAACUACUGAUUGUAAGAGAGUGAUACAUUUUAAGGAGGCAACGUGAAUUAUUGAAGGGCACCAACAGAUAUUCUCAUCAAGGUUUUCUGCCGGACAAUGAUCUUUUCUUCAAUGAUAGGAGUUACCUAGAGUGUUCUUCAUUAAUGGUGGCAUAAAGUUACAAUGAUAUGGCUGAAUUGCUUAUUAUUAUGUUAGGGUAAAGAUAGAGGAAUGCAAUGAAGAAAAACUCAAAUUAUGUAUGUAAGCGGAUUUUUUUUUUUAAUAUGGAAAGUAAAAUGGAAAAGAAAAGAGAACAAAAAAUCAGUAUAAAAAUAAUACUACCUCUAUCCCAAAUUACAAGACAUUUUUGGGGCAGAUUUAGCGUCCCAAAAUGUAAAACACUUUGGUAAAAAUAAAGUUUCAUUAAUGAUGUUUCUUUUUCAAUAUUAUCCUUUUUAUAUUUUCUCUCCUUUUAAUAUUCUUUUACAAAUGGAGUAUGAAAUGGAUGGUAUUUUUAAAAUUUUAUGUUUUUGUUUUAAAAAAGUAAGGUUGUAAAGUAUAUUUAAUGAGCUUUAUUGCUAUGUGUGAUUUUAUCUAAAAGUGUCUUAUAAUUUGGAACAGAGGGAGUAUUUGAUAUACAUAAAAAAGGGAUAAACAUUUUGAAAUAACAUUUGAUGAGAUAAAAAUUGAAGAAAAAUGAACAUAUAUUUUUUAUUUUUGAGGGGGCGCUUAGAAAACUCAUAAAAGAAACAAUAGAAGAACGAACCUAGAGAAGAAUUGGAUUUCAGAUUUUCUAAAAUUUUCAGUCUGGGAACAAAGUUGAGGAGUGGAGACAUGAAGGUUGUUGAUGAUUUUGUUUAGGGAAGAAGAGAGUAAUAAAGGUCAAGCCUUGUCAUUUUAGAAAUGAAGGAACACAAAUUUAUCCAAAUAAAAUCACAUACUUUUAUUUUUUGGAAGAAAAAGAAAAAUGCAAGAAUCUGAGCCACUAUUAACUGGACAGGCAAAAAAUAUCAGCCAUUCUAUCCUUUCCAAGUAAUGGAAGUGAAGUCUUUUCUCACCUCUUCGUGCCCCAUCUACCCCAUCUCAUCUGCAAAAUCAAGUCGUUCACUGGUUUCCUCUCUUAAGAAUGAUUCCGAGAGUUCUCCAGAGCGCAAGGAGAUGAUCUGGCGGCGGAAGCAACCAGGUCGUUUUAGGAGUAGGGAUGGCAAUGUAGAUUGCCCUUCUUUGCGGGAAAAGUCAAGUAGGAAAAGAAUGUCUCAGCAACCUGAAGGGCUUUCACAUGAAAUGGCCGUGGAUGGUUUUCUGCCUAAAUUGCCUACUCUAUGUGCAUUAAUGCUUUAUUAUGCAGAUAAUGGCCUCUUUCCUCAAGCACAGGCUAUAUGGAGCCAACUCAUAAAUAGUUCUUUUGUGCCUAGUCUUCAAUUAAUUUCAAAAUUAUUUGAUGCCUAUGGGAAACAUGAGCGUUUUGAUGAAGUGAUGAAGGUACUGCAAUAUACGAAUUCAAGGAAAUUCGAGAUACUACCAGAUGUUUACUCAUUGGCUAUCACUUGCUUUGGAAAAGGAGGCCAACUGAAACUGAUGGACGAUACAUUGAAGGAAAUGGUUUCAAGGGGCUUCUAUAUUGGUGCUUUGACUGGUAAUACCUUUCUUAAGUACUAUAGUAUUUUUGGUUCUUUGGAACAGAUGGAAAAUGUAUAUGGCCGCCUUAAGAGAUCUAGAAUUUUAAUAGAGAAGGAAGCAAUCAGGUCAAUGGCCUUAGCAUAUAUGAAGGAGAAGAAGUUCUACGAAUUGGGUGAGUUCGUGAGAGAUGUUGGUCUUGGCAGGAAGAAUGAGGGGAACCUUUUAUGGAACCUUCUGUUACUUUCAUAUGCCGCUAAUUUUAAAAUGAAAAGCUUGCAGAGAGAAUUUUUGAGAAUGAUUGAAGCUGGAUUCUGCCCUGAUGUGACAACUUUUAAUAUUCGUGCUCUAGCUUUUUCAAGAAUGCAAUUAUUCUGGGACCUCCAUCUUAGUAUUGAGCAUAUGAUGCAUGAAAAUGUCGUUCCUGAUCUCGUGACUUAUGGCUGUGUUGUUGAUGCAUACUUGGAUAGAAGAAUUGGAAAAAACUUGGACUUUGCUCUGAAUAAAAUGAACCCAGAUGAUUAUCCCCAGGUAUCAACCGAUCCAUUUGUGUUCGAGGCCUUGGGUAAAGGGGACUUUCACUUGAGCUCAGAAGCAUUUCUGGAAUUCAAGACACAAAGGCAAUGGACUUACAGGGAUCUGAUAUUAAAAUAUCUUAGGAAACACUUUAGAAGAAAUCAGAUAUUUUGGAACUACUGACUAAUCAGCAAAAUGAUUGUGCCUGUUUGUCUAUGUAUUAUAACUUCGCGUUGCUAGUAUUCUUCUUCCGUCUUUUGUAGGGCAACCUGGGAUCCGGAGCCAUUUAUUUAUUGAACAAAAUGAAGUACGGUGGGUAAUUGUCUCUCUAGGAUAUCUUUACUGUGUUUUGGGAAGAAACGCCCCUAAUUAAUGAAAAGGGUCCCUCUUUCCAGAUUUUGCAAAA